AUGCGUCUUCCCUACGUCCCCGACCCUCCAAACUUCACGUCCGAAGAAGACAAAGCUGUCGAGCAGCGCGUCAGACAACGUCGCGGCGAAAAGGGUCUCAUAGCUCUAGACAGAACACUCCUUCAUGCUCCUCCUGUCGCCGAUGGAUGGAACUCAUUCCUAGGUUCCAUCCGCACCAAAACUAGUCUUCCAACUGCCAUCCGCGAAACAGCCAUAUGCCGCGUCGCCGUCCUGAACAAAGCAUGGUAUGAAUGGGAAUCGCACUCGCCGAUCCUAGAGUCCGCAACAGACGUCACCAAAGACCAAGUCAGCGCCGUCCUCGAGUCUACGCCCCGAGAACCGCUUGACGAUAUCCUCGGACCUCAACUAUCGGCUGUACUAGCCUACACAGACGCCAUGACGCUAGAUGUGCGUGUCCCGGAUGCUGUGUUUGAGAAGCUCAAGGAAGCGGGUUUCGGCGACAAGGAGAUUGUAGAGAUUACGGCGACGAUUGCCGCGUAUAAUUGCGUGUCGAGAUUCCUAGUUGCGCUGGACGUUGGAGAGAGGAAUGCGCAGACGGGGCCGAAGGAGGGGGGUAAGGAGUAG